UCCACAUAACAUUAUAAUGUUUAUCUUAUCAUUUCAUAUCUCCAUCAACCCACCAAAUAUCAUUUAAUAUGUCCAACUUACAAAAUAUCUCUUCUUUAUAAUCGCAACAGAGGGUUAUCUUAUGUUAGAGCAGAGAUGGGUGAUAUCAAACGUUUACUCAUCCUAGCGAUCUUUUUAGUCAUGCUCUCGUCACAGUCCCUUCUUUUAUGUUCAGGUCAAGGCGAUGAGGAAGCUGGUGUGACGAGGAAGCUUGGAGUAUUCAUAAGGAAAAGGGGAGGAGGAUUCAGUAGGAGACCUAGAGCAACCACCACGUCUGCUUCUGCAAUACCUUUGUCAGGCUCCUUCCAUAUGAUUGCUUGCCUUGCCACCUCGUUCCUGCUUUCUCAACUUUUCUAGGUUUCUUCUCCUGUAUAAAAUGGUCUUCUUUUCUACUUUCCCAACAAGAAUUGAUGUAGUCGACAGUAGUACCACGCAUGUGUAGCGUCAACAAGAAGAACUCUUUGAGUAUAUAAUUAAUUCACAUAGAAUUGAGUUA